UGAAACUGAACCCACUCUCCUAUGUGAUUGGCUAGCACACUCUGAAGGUGGGACGAAAGUCAAGACAAAAGAGCUACACAUCUUCCUUGUUUCUGCUGAGGAAGCAGAGGGAGUUCCAGCGAGGGGCCUCCAGCACAGUGAGGGCUAUUCCUGCCCUGAGCAGAGAGAGCAGCCUCCAGACACAGGAUUUUCUGUGCCAUUAGUUGCUCAUAGUCAUGGGUCAGCUGUUCUCUUCAUCUAAGGAUGAGCGCCACCAGGAUUUGUCCUCCAGCUUUGCCGAAUAUUUUAAGAAGUUCAAGGUAGGAAGCAAAAUUAUCCCUCAGGAAACCAUAGCUUCAAUUGAGUUAAGCCUGUCACAAGGAAACAUACAGGGGACAAACUCUUCGAUCACUAAUGCAUUAAAAGAAAUUGAUAGCACCCCACUCAAUGUUGCUGUGACUGGAGAAUCUGGAGCAGGGAAGUCCAGCUUCAUCAAUGCCCUGAGAGGGAUUGGGCAUGAAGAUGAAGGUGCAGCUGAAAUAGGUGUGGUGGAAACAACCAUGAGGAGACAUCCCUACACACACCCCAAGAUUCCCAAUGUGGUUUUUUGGGACCUGCCUGGAAUUGGAACCACAAAUUUCCCACCCAAAGAUUAUCUGGAGAAAAUGAAAUUUAACGAGUAUGAUUUCUUCAUCAUUGUGUCUGCCACGCGCUUUAAGAAAAAUGAUAUAGACCUUGCCAAAGCAAUCAGCGUGAUGAAGAAGGAUUUCUACUUCGUGAGAACCAAGGUGGACUCUGACUUAAAAAAUGAGAAGGAAUUCAAACCACGAACCUUUGACAGAGAAACGGUCCUGCAUCAGAUCCGCAGCAGCUGUGAGAGGACCUUUCAGGAGAAUAACGUUGAGCAACCACCCAUCUUCUUGAUAUCUAAUAAAACCUUAUCUGACUAUGAUUUCCAAAUCCUGAUGGACAAGGUGGUGAAUGCUCUCCCUGUACACAAACGACACAAUUUUAUGCUCUCCUUGCCUAAUAUUACAGAUGCGGCCAUUGAAAGAAAGCGGCAAUUCCUGAAGCAGAGGAUUUGGCUCGAAGCCUUUGCGACUGACCUACUCAAUAUGAUCCCUUCACUGACCCUCUUAAUGGGCAAUGACGUGGAGAAUCUUAGGAAAAACAUGAACCACUAUCGAACUGUCUUUGGAGUGGAUGAUGCAUCCUUGCAGAGUUUGGCUGAGGACUGGCAAGUGUCAGUGGAUCAGCUCAAGGCAAAGAUGAAAUCUCCUCAUGUGUUUGAAACUACAAAGAAAGAAACAAUACAAGAAAAGCUUUCAAGACUUUGUGAGGAGUUUUGUUUGGCUAACGGGCACUUCAUUGCUAAGAAUGUUUAUGUUAAAGAAUUGUUUUACCUGAAAUUUUGUUUCCUUGACAUGGUGACAGAUGAUGCUAAUGCUCUCCUCAGAGAGAUAUGUGUAAAAAAUAACUUGGUUUCAGAUUAGGCUGAAAUCUUGUAGCUGUCAAAAAUCAAAAUCAAUGACAGAAAAAUAGGACACUGAUAUUGCAAAACAACAUACUGUGUUAUUCAGGCCAUCCAGGCUUUAUCCAUACUUAGUGAUCAUCUAUCCACAUUAGCUGUAGCAAGGGGAUCAGAUUUGUGUAAAUAAGCUGAGAACUAAAACCUAUCUACUCACUUUGAAUAAACUCUCACAUUGAGUAAUUUCACUUUUAUCUGAAUUUAUUUUAUAUAAAUCAACAUCCAUUUUUAGGUUUAGCAUUGUGAUGGGUGGUUUGAUCGACAGACUAGAAUCACAUUGGAGGUGAUUCUCCAAUGUGCAACAUUGCACAAAACAUCAGGGUUUGCGUUUGGAAAACUAUUUUGCUUAUGUUAGUGUAGGUGAGAAGUGCUGCCCACUGUGGGCGGCCGCAUUCCCUAGCUGGUAAUUCCUGACCAUGUAUAUGGAAAGAGAGGCUAAGCCGCAGCACACCCGCACUCAUGCGUUGCUCUCUGCUCUCUUACUGCGGGUGGAGGGGGACUAGCUGCCCCUAGCUGCUGCUGCGACUCCUCUAUAACCUUGGCUUUCACACUUAUGUCCUCUCUUCAUAGUGA